GAUUGGCUGAGCCCUCGAUACAGUGAUCCCUUCUAUUUCUCCAAAACCAACCAAACCAAACCAUAUCCAACAAAAGUCCUACUCCUCCGCCACCCGAGGAUAUCGUUAAAUCCCACCCUUCGAUUCUCCCCGCGGAUGCAGUUUGGUCUUGGUUAUUGUGAAUAUAGUUGAUGAUGGCUUCUUCUAUGGCAAUGAGGAAGUUGGCCCUCGGCCCUGCCUUCACAAGGGCUGCCAGGUUCCCUACCCGAGCUUUCUCUACAACCCGACCUGUUUCCCGAGUUAUUACUGGAAACGGUCCUCUACGAGCCAAGGAGGCCUCUCCUUUUGUGAGCAACAAAUACGCCGUCAUCGACCACGAGUAUGAUGCUCUCGUUGUUGGUGCUGGUGGUGCCGGUCUGCGAGCUGCCUUCGGUCUUGCUGAGGCUGGCUUCAACACUGCCUGUAUCUCCAAGCUCUUCCCUACCCGAUCUCACACUGUCGCCGCUCAGGGUGGUAUCAACGCUGCUCUAGGUAACAUGCACGAGGACGACUGGCGAUGGCACAUGUACGAUACCGUCAAGGGUUCCGACUGGCUGGGUGACCAGGACGCUAUUCACUACAUGACCCGAGAGGCUCCCGCUUCCAUUAUCGAGCUUGAGAACUACGGCUGCCCCUUCUCGCGAACUGAGGAUGGCAAGAUUUACCAGCGAGCUUUCGGUGGUCAGUCAAAGGAGUACGGAAAGGGUGGUCAGGCCUACCGAUGCUGUGCUGCCGCUGACCGAACCGGCCACGCCCUUCUUCACACUCUCUACGGCCAGUCUCUCCGCCACAAGACCAACUACUUCAUCGAGUACUUCGCCCUCGACCUGAUUAUGCAGGAUGGUGAGUGCCGCGGUGUCCUCGCCUACAACCAGGAGGACGGCACUCUGCACCGAUUCCUCGCCAACCACACCGUCCUCGCCACUGGUGGUUACGGCCGAGCUUACUUCUCCUGCACAUCUGCCCACACCUGUACUGGUGACGGUAUGGCCAUGGUUGCCCGUGCCGGUCUCCCCAACCAGGAUCUUGAGUUCGUCCAGUUCCACCCUACUGGUAUCUACGGAGCUGGCUGCCUGAUCACUGAGGGUUCUCGUGGUGAGGGUGGUUACCUCCUCAACUCCGAGGGUGAGCGAUUCAUGGAGCGAUAUGCCCCUACCGCCAAGGAUCUUGCUUCUCGUGAUGUCGUUUCCCGAUCCAUGACCAUGGAGAUCCGUGAGGGCCGUGGUGUUGGUGCCGAGAAGGAUCACAUCUACCUCCAGCUCAGCCAUCUCCCCGCUGAGAUCCUUGCUGAGCGUCUGCCCGGUAUCUCUGAGACCGCUGGUAUUUUCGCUGGUGUCGAUGUCCGCAAGCAGCCUAUUCCCGUUCUCCCCACCGUCCACUACAACAUGGGUGGUAUCCCUACACGAUACACUGGUGAGGUUCUUACCGUUGAUGAGAAGGGUGAGGACAAGGUUGUUCCUGGUCUGUACGCUUGUGGUGAGGCCGCUUGUGUGUCCGUCCACGGUGCUAACCGUCUGGGUGCCAACUCUCUUCUCGAUCUUGUUGUCUUUGGUCGUGCCGUUUCGCACACCAUUCGCGACAAGUUCAACCCCGGUGAUGCUCUGAAGCCCACCGCUGCUGACGCUGCUUCUGACCACAUCGAGACCCUCGACAAGGUCCGAACCGCCGACGGCCCCAAGAGCACUGCUGAGAUCCGACUUGCCAUGCAGAAGGCUAUGCAGACCGAGGUCAGCGUGUUCCGAACCCAGGAGAGUCUGGACGAGGGUGUCCGCAAGAUGAAGGAGAUCGAUGGCAUGUACAGCCAGGUUGGCAUGAAGGACCGCAGCAUGAUCUGGAACUCUGAUCUCGUUGAGACUCUUGAGCUUCGAAACCUACUGACUUGCGCUAUCCAAACCGCCGAGUCUGCCGCCAACCGAAAGGAGUCUCGUGGUGCUCACGCCCGCGAGGAUUUCCCCGACCGAGAUGACGAGAACUGGAUGAAGCACACACUCUCUUUCCAGAAGCAGCCUCACGGCAAGGUCGAUCUGUCCUACCGAAAGGUCAUCGGCACCACCCUGGACGAGGCCGAGUGCAAGCCCGUGCCACCUUUCAAGCGUACAUACUAAGCUAAACGUUUACGGACACGAGGAUGAGUACGAGGACUGGGAAGGAGUUUUUGUUAGCUUGUUGGGAAACUUGGCAUGCAUGAUUCUACGCAGGGCAGCGUCUCCUUUGUAGUAAGAGUUGCGAUAUAUAUCCUUUGGGAAGAGAAGGUGACAUCACUAGCGAGAGGUUGGUCUCCGCCGAGUCUUGAAAAGGAAGGCUCUAAGGGGAGACGUGUAUUUGUCGACUUUGUAGUUAAAAAGAAGUUAAGAGACUUAAACGAAGAUUUACUAUGUACUUUGUU